GCCCGUCGCGUGAACGUUCGUCUGUUCGUCGUCAAAUGUUCCGCGUCCAUCCGUGCUCGCGCUUCGCGACGCGUUCGUCGUAGAUCCCAUCACCACCCGCCGUAGUUUGUUAUUGACAUUGUUCGGUGUGUCGUCAUUGCUUGCUGCUGUUGUUGUUGUUACGCGUUUGGGGUCGUACUCGUUCAACGGACCGACACGAUGGCGAUGGAGCAACGUGUGUCGUACGAGCGCGCGCGUCGCGUCCGACUCGUCUGAACGAGCCACCGGUGAAAAGUUACGGCGCGCCCCGGACCGACCGCGGAAUCGCAUCUUCGGUCUUCGCGGUCGUCCCCGCUCCGGUUCUUGUCACGCAACGGACCACCGACGCAACUCUCCUGCAGACCGGUCCCGUCUGUUUUGGCAGACGCGCCGAGAUCAUCGCGGUGUGGACGUGUGUGCGCAGUGCACGAUGUCUAUUGGCCAAACCGUAUGCUGUUCUUCAAUUCUAGUUUUAACCGGUCAGUGAUCUGAAAAUUGUAAUCAAUAUGGAGUACACGUGGACGUUGGUGUCCAACACUGAUGAUCAAGGUUUAGGCAGUGAAACAAGUUUGUUGAAUUGUAAUGUUCAAGGACCACACCCUGGUCAAAUAUUAAUACUCUCGAACGAGUCCAAUACCCAAGCCAUACCGAAUCAAACUUUACCCGAUAUCACAAGUACUUCGGAUAAAGAUUAUGGCGCUAACCGGAUGCACAUAAAUGAUCCAAGGAAACUUCAUCUCAUGAACACUAGGAGUGAUUUUGUUGGCGGUAUUGACAACGAAGCAUUAGAUUUCAGUCAUCUGACGGACGAAUUCAUCCAAAAUAAUAACACAGAAACUAACCAAUUUUUCAAUGAAACCGUCGAUCAAGCCGAUCACGUGAUGGUCCGGAUAAACACUCCGUAUCAUCAGCAGGAGUCGCCCGAGCUGUUCUUGAAAAGUGCGUCGAUGCCACCGAUCGCGGAUCUGUCUUUUCACAACAACGGCGUCCUGCCGACGUCAGGGUUGGCCGGCAAACCGAUCAAAGACAAAUCGCACGGUUACACUAACAGGCACAACCUACCGGAAAGUCCUCCGGAUUCCGAGCCGCCGUACUCGCCAGCGGACGGGGUUGGCCAGUCGCCGCACCGGAAGACGCCGAAUUUACAGUGCCUUAUGUCGUCCAACAAGUCUCAGAUGCCGCCCACUAAUGCCGGUCCACCCAGCCUUUACCAAAAACAACCGGUGGCCGCAAAAAUUCCGCACCCGCUGUCCGUCCAACCGUUGCUAAUUAACCAGACGGGUUCUUCGUCACACCUGGACUUUAAUCGAAUGCCACCGGACACAAGAGAGAUAGAAAUAUCCGAGCCAGAGUAUACAGAUUUGUUGAACGUGAGUGGAACGGAAAAGAAACGGAAACUGUGCGUGGACAUCGGCGGAAGCAAUGGCAGCAGUUCACGUGUCAAAAAAGACACCGAGAGCUGCGGGAAAAAGGCAAUAACCCACGUGUCACCAUCAGGCCGAUCGGUUUGCAGCGAGGACAGUUAUACGUACCAGGAUAGCUGCGAAUCGGGUCUGUACAACGACACAAGCUUUCAAUGUAUCCGUUUCCAACCGUUUCAAGAAACAUCGUGGAACACACUGUGCGAUCACUCUCUGAAGGAACUGCCGGUGCCGCAUUAUCGAGUGGACGCGGAUAAAGGUUUCAAUUUUUCCAAUGUCGACGAUGCAUUUGUAUGCCAAAAGAAAAAUCAUUUUCAGAUCACGUGCCAUACACAACUCCAAGGCGACGCGCAGUUUGUGAGGACCGCAGAAGGAAUUCACAAAGUGGGCAGCUUUCAUUUGCAUUUUUAUGGCGUCAAAGUGGAAUCACCGGGCCAGACCAUUAAAGUGGAACAGUCUCAGAGUGAUCGGAGCAAGAAAGCUUUUCAUCCGGUUUUAUUGGAUUUGCGCGAGGAACAGGUGUCGAAGGUGACGGUGGGCAGACUGCACUUCAGCGAGACUACGUGUAACAACAUGAGGAAGAAAGGGAAACCGAACCCGGACCAAAGGUACUUCUACCUGGUGGUGGGACUACACGCGCACUGCAUCAACGAUCACGAUUAUCCGAUUGUCUCGUACGCUUCCGAAAGGAUAAUUGUCAGGGUAAUCCAAGCUUCGAAUCCGGGUCAGUUUGAGAGCGACGCGGAGCUGUGCUGGCAGCGGGGCGCCACGCCCGAGUCGAUCGUGCACACCGGCAAGGUGGGUGUCAACACGGACCGGCCGGACGAGGCACUGGUCGUACACGGUAACGUCAAGCUCACCGGGCACAUCGUACAGCCGUCGGACGUCCGGAUCAAAGAGCACAUCCAGAAAUGCGAUACGAGGGAGCAAUUGCGGAACGUGGAGAAAAUCAACGUGGUCCAUUUCAACUACAAACCGGAAUUUUCCUCGUUAUUCGGGCUGUCCAUGAAGGAAAAGGACACGGGCAUCAUUGCGCAGGAGGUGCAAGCCGUUUUGCCUGGAGCCGUCACGAACGCCGGCAGCAUUGCGUUCCCCAACGGGGUGGAAUACGAUGACUUUUUGGUCGUCAACAAGGACCGGAUUUUCAUGGAAAAUGUCGGUGCCGUCAAAGAACUGAGCAAGAUCACCAGUCACUUGGAGACUAGGAUCUGCGAAUUGGAACAGAGCAUCAAGCGUUACUCGUCAUCGAAAAACCAUCAUUACGGCAUAGCGCUGUCGGAUCUGUCCUCUACGACCUACAAAAGCAAGUGCAACAGCUACGAUUCUAACGUGGAAAAAUUCAAAUCGUUAAAAGCAAAAAAAUCCGGUGAUGUUUGUUGCGGGCAAAUAGUUCAAAUUUCUAUAAUAACUUUGACAGUCGUUAUUGUGAGUUGUUUGGUAUUUAUAACCGGAUUGUUUUUCAUGGAACACUAUUACAGGAAUCAAAAUUUGAAAAGUACAAAUGAAGAUGAUUUUAUUGUCAGACAUGCGAAAACGAUCGAAACUCGUGACAACGUGCACUCGAAGGACACCGGCCUGAUGGAAAUAGAUGGGUUUUUGGACAAGGACAAACAUCUGAAUUGCAUGUGGCUCAAGCGACUUAUAACCAACGGGGGCACCUGUGAGUACAGCAAGAUUAAAACGAAAUUGAUGAACAGAAUUACCGAUAGGCAAAAGGAAGAUAGGAGCGCAUCCGAUAAGAUCUCCUUCGUCAAUUUCAUCAUUAAAAUCGAUCGUAUUUCAGACGUCACUUACAAGGACGUGACGGUCGGCGUGCGCGGGGCAUACGGCAACUCCACGGCGGUCGACAACGUGACGGACGAGUGCGGACGGUCGGAACUGCUCCAGCAUUGCGGCGACACGUCGACGUUCGUGUACGGAUUUCAGCUCCCGGUCGUCAAGCACCUGACGGACUAUUUCAUCAUCGUGUCCUACCGCACGAGUAAAAACAACGCGAAAGAUUGCCAGACCGGUAUGUUCAUGUCGAUGACUUGCCCGUCGAACACCAGCCUGUGGGCGUUGAAUGGCACCCGAUGGGAUUCAUUGGAUCGAACUUAUCACGCAGAGUGGCUCGACGACAAAACGUAUUCCGUUUCUGAGGACUCCGAGUCCACCACGAUCGUCGUCCGAUACAAACCGUGGUCCUACGAACGGCUAAAGGAAUCGUGCGGUCCAGCGGACGACAAACGGACAAUGGCCGUCGUCGAGUACAACGUUUCGCUGCGCUUGGAUUGUGGUGCAGUCGUCGUCUAGACGCGGGCGCGGCGGUGAAAAAUUAUUUGACCAAAUCGCACAACGCUACCGUACAUCAUCGAUCAUCAACUCAGUCGCCGGUGCAUCGGAUGACGAUCGCGCACACUCAAAGAGAUGACGUACCGUGAAUUUGUUAAAAAUGUUUUUUUUCUUCCCCCUACCCUUCUCUCGGACCACCUCGCGUUAUACAUUGCCGUUGUCUGGGGGGUUUUUUUCUUUUUCUCUCACCCCGUUAUGAUAUUCGUACUCGUUUCCUCGUUUUAUUCGUCACAAUACGUCACUCGACCGAUACGCCGUCAUGCACGAGAAACACGUCGACGCGUUUACACGCCCUUGAAUUUUUGCUUAAUCCUUAGUUUUAGUCUUUAAUUUUCGUAGUCGUCGCAGUCGUAUAAAUGCGUUGUCCGAAUAAGCUCAGUUAUGCGUUCAAGUAAAUACAUAAUAUUACGAUGAUGCACGUUGUUUUCGCAUUGACCGUAUUGGGGGAAAAAAAAAUCACUUUUCACGCAAUACGCGCACGAGUCUGUAUCGCUUGGUGUAUACUAUAGCGUUAUAACAGACGGGUGCGUUUAUUUUAAUCGAUUACCAUACGGUUGGCACGCUAUGGGCGUCCGAAGAGGAACGAAUAAUUUAAAUAACGGUUUUCACCGUAAUUCCGAUUUCCAGUAUUACCAAAGAUCUUCGAAGUGUUUCGCAGACAACUAAAGAUUUACACUGAUUUCCAGUUAGUGGUUUGCUCCUCUACAGACAUACCUAUUACUUAUUACAUAGCACACGAUACCUAUUACGUAUUAUGAGAUUUCACUAUUUGAUUCAUAUUUUGCGUUUACCAUUUCCCGGUUUAGUAAUCAACCGUAACUAUAUUACAUAUAUAGGUACAAUCUGUACAAAAAACAAGUCGUUUAUCUAUACAUUAUUAUUAUCAUUCAACAUUUAUGUAUGUAACUAUGUAUUCUAUCCGUGUAUUUGUAUAACAUGUUUAAGAUCUAUGUGCGCGUGUAACAAAUUGCAUUUGACACAUAGAUCAAUUACAUUAGACUUUGAGGAUUUGUAAAAUUUAUUCGAUGUAUGUUUUUUAUUUUUAUUUUUGUUUUCUAGAAGUAGGACAAUAAUUACGUAGUAAACAUUUGUACAAAUUGUUGUUUUCGACAGCAUUAUUAUAGUACUAUAUAUUAUGCUGUGGGAGAGAAGAGCAAAUUAUAUUGUUUUAGUGUUUCGAAUAUAUUUUUCUUUUAUUUGUUAUAUUAUCAAAUAUACUUAAUCAAGGAUUACAUGAAAAAGCAAUAUAAAAUUAUGUGUAGUUUUAGUUUUUAAAAAAAGUACCAAUCGUUUUUACAUCCUACUUAAGUAUGUGUGUUUUUUUUUUUUUAAUAAAAUAUUGUGUCUAAAGCAAAAUGCUUUCUAUGGCCUAUUUUUUUCUUCCGAACGAAGUAAAAGAACAUUUAACCAAAUCAAGAUUAAGGGUGGGGAAAAGGGGGAC